AGCAGCGAGGCGCGAGGAGCCGAGCCGGGGCUCACGCGGCAGAGGGCGGCCUUUCGCGUUCUCCCGGGGAAAGCCGGAGGAAGAGGAAACGGCAAGCUUCGGCCGGCGGAACACGCGGCCGUUUCCACGGGCAGCGCUCCUCCCGGCCGGAGCGUCCCUGGUUGCCCCCAUGGCAGCGUCGGAGAAGGUGCUGCGGGAGGGGGUGUUGGAGAAGCGCAGCGGAGGGCUGUUGCAGCUCUGGAAGAAAAAACGCUGCCUGCUGAGCGAGAAGGGGCUGCGGCUCUUCGAGGCCGGCAGCCGGGGCUCCACGCGCUGCAAGGAGCUGCCCUUCGCGCACGUCAAGGCCGUCGAGUGCGUGGAGUGGAAGCAGCGGCACAUCUACUUCACGGUGGUAACAGACGAUGGCGCCGAGAUCGACUUUCGCUGCCCGCAGGAGGAUCCCAGCUGGUACGCCGACAUCACUCUGGCGCUGGUGCGCUUCCAGAACCAGCAAGCGGUGCAGAUCGUGCGCGCCAGGCACAGCUGCAGGGCGGCACUUCAACAAGGGUCAACUCCAACCAGCCAGAUUCUGGUGAAUGGGUCUAAGAAAUCCGACUCUCAGCUCAACGUGGAGAGGGUGGAGGAAUUUAUAGCGGUGACUUCACCUGCUGGUGGACCAAAGGCAAUUUCUAGCUGCAACUGAACGAAAACCUCUACUUUCUUUGGUGGGGGCAUCUCUGCUGCAAAGUGACAUAAUGCCUGCCAAAUAUGUAUCACAACAAUGGUUAGAAACAGCUUUUGUUUUUCUCCUCUGUUUUUGCUAUGAUACUUAAGAACUUGGUCUCGAUAAGGCAUUGAGUAAGUUUCCUAUUAGACUGACAGUUUGCUUUCUACUAUCAACACCUACUGUGAUUUAGGAGACAGAUGCAGCAGCUAUGAUAAAAAGGAAUCAUUCCAUCAUUCAGUGUGCCACCAGCCAGAUGCUGAGUGAACAGUGCUGGAAUAAGAUGAACUCUGUGAGUGAGGAACGUACAUGUUAUUGAAUCUGAGCAUGUCAGACAUGCUAUGGCACUAAUCUGGUUAAAAAAGCAGAGAACAUCUGUCUUCAGAUAAUCAGGUGGCUCAUCUGGAAGGCACAAUUGUGAGCCUGCCCCUCUGACCUGAGAAGUCACAGGUUAUGAGGUUAUGCUGCUGCUGGAGUAGAUGCAGAUAAUUAUUUUUUUAAAAAAUAUAAGCACCUUAAGAAGCAACUCAAUGGGAUUUGGGAAUCCUAAAACUUCUAUAAAUGAGUUGGUUAUGUGUCCCGCUGCUUUCUGCCACAAAGUUAAUGCUCACUGAACCAGCGUCCUGACAAUCCAUAACUUCAGCUCAGUGAAUUAUAUCAACAUCUAGGAUUAUCUUAGAAUUCCUAGAUACUAGGGUGCAAGCCUCAAGAUAAGAAUUCAUACACAAGACUGAAGGCUUCUUUAUUUCAGUCUUUCAAAGACUGAGCUAUGCCACCAUCUUUUUCUUCCACUGUCCCAUGACUUGUUUGCUUACUUUGGGACAUGGGGAAAAAGCAGAAAAUAGAACGGCAAGCGCUUGCAUUGCCUUUGAAAACAUAAUUAUGAAUCCAACAUGGAACUGGGAAUGUCCUUAUCCCUUCUGGUAAGACGAUGGAGAGUGGGUGCACACUCAUGUACCCAAGAGACCAUUUUACCCUUACUCAGGAGUUAUGCCUAACAAAUAAAGCAGUGUGAAAUAGGAGUAUGCACUGUCCCCAAUAUUACUAUUGCUGCUUUCUCAUUCCCAUUUUAUCAUCCUUGUGGAAAUUCCCUGUUCUUUUGCGGAGCCUGAUAAUUUCCUAAUGUUCAAAUGACUGGUUGCUCCUUUUCAGUUUUUCUAAUCAACAUCCAAAACCACAAGGGGUGGGGGAGAUCUGGAAUAGGUCUACUGUAUUUAUGACCCUUACCUUGCUUGUCUUGAUCUCUUCAGACCAAAUGAUUAAAAAGGGCUUCUGCUCCAGAGUGGAAGGGACCUGACAUGGGAAAACUAGUAGUAUAAUUAUUAAUAACAUUUCAAGAAAAAUCAAUGCGCACAAGUUGCCUUGCUUUUGAAACAUGCUUUUAAAAUCAUUCUUUCCUAGCUAAUGUAUGCUCAUUUCUUUGUAAUUAUGCAGAUUUAUACCAAUUAGGAGCAUUGGUAUAAAAAUGACUAUGAUCUUAACCACAUGAAAGCCAGAGGAAAAUUAGGAAAAGUUUGUCAUAGAAAGUUUGGUCAUUAACUUGAAUGUGAAAGACAUUUCCUACAUUUAAUUUGAUAUCUAUUGAUCAUGACAUUCACAGUCUAAAAAUCUGGAUCUGUACAUUGUCUGGAUCUUGCAUAAUGUCUGUAGAAUCAUGAUGAAAAUACUGUUCUGUUGUGUCAAUCACUCAAUUGCCUCUGCUUCUCUUUAGUCCAUGUUGGUGGGAUUCCAUGUUAUCAAUAUCCACUGCUCCUUCUGUCUCUGGGCAUCACAGCCCAAGUUUAAAUAAUGUUGAUCAGCUGUAAUGAGCAAUUACAGCUCAUUACAACAUUUAUAAAUCUGCUUCUAACAAACUGUACCCCCCAAAAAAUAUUUGAUAAAAUUAUUAAAGAUACCUUCGCUUUAAGUACAAUGACAAUAAAGAUUAUACUUAUACUUAAUAUGAAAGUGGGUACCCUGCUGAUUGCGUUAGGAGUUUUAGAUUCUAUAAUUGAAUAAAUGUAAUUUAUUCAAAAAGUAAAAAGUAGAACAUUUUCCUGUUCAAAAAGUAAUUCACCAGAAUGUUGAAAUA